UGAUGAGGUGUUCUUUGGCAGGGCUCGUUUGUUCCCUGGCUUUUUCUUUCUCUCUCUCACUCGCUCUGUCAUUCUGACAGAAGCCGCCUCUCUUCAGAGCACCACAACUUUCCUCAGCCAGGUUGGGGAUGUAACACGUUAGAGAGGUUGAGAAUGAACAAUUGCCAUUCUUUUCGUCUCCCUGCCUUUGUGUACUGGCGGAUUGCUCCUGAGAGUGCCAUGUGACUACUUCUACAACGCUUUGGAGCUAUUUUCCCCCUCUCCCUCUAUUUUCCCUUCGCCGAAGAGGAAAGAGGUGGCUAGAGGAGGAUAUGUUUUCCGUUUCGCUUAAGUGCCGGCUUGGUGUCAUCAAACGGAGAAUCAAGGAUGAUGGCCCAUACUCCAAAGGGAACAAGGACUCAACAGGGCCUGACAACUCGCUCAUAUCAAGAAGACAAAGCAUCCCAGAAGAGCUGCGCGGGGUUACGCUGGUUGAGUUGAUUAAGAAGGAAGGAAGCACUCUGGGUCUCACGAUCUCGGGCGGCACGGACAAGGACGGCAAACCCCGCGUCUCCAACCUACGGCCGGGUGGGCUUGCGGCUAGGAGCGAUCAGCUCAACGUUGGCGACUACAUCAAGUCGGUCAAUGGCAUCAAUCUGACCAAACUCCGUCAUGAUGAGAUCAUCAGCCUGUUGAAAAACGUCGGAGAGCGUGUCGUGCUGGAAGUGGAGUAUGAACUGCCGUCAGCUGCACCAGACAGUACCUCAGGUGUUAUCUCCAAGACAAUCGACAUCUGUUUGCAGAAAGAAGGCAACAGCUUCGGCUUUGUUAUGAGAGGGGGCUCUCACGAGGACUGGCACAAAUCUAGACCUUUGGUGGUGACGCAUGUCCGACCUGGAGGACCCGCCGACAGAGAAGGGACGCUAAAAGUGGGCGAUCGGAUCCUGAGCGUGGAUGGUGUGUCCUUACACAAUGCCAGUCACAGCGACGCCCUCACCGUGCUGACCCAGUGUGGCCAAGAAGCCCUGUUUCAGAUCGAAUAUGAUGUCUCCAUCAUGGACUCCGUUACAAAUGCUUCAGGUCCUCUGCUGGUGGAGAUCGCCAAAUCACCCGGAGCCAGUCUGGGUAUCACUCUGACCGCUGCCAUGCACAGAAACAAGCAGGCCAUCGUCAUCGACAAGAUCAAAGCAGGCAGUGUAGUCGACAGGUCAGGAGCGUUACACGUGGGUGAUCAUAUCCUUUCUAUAGAUGGGACCAGCACAGAGCACUGUUCAGUUCUGGAGGCGACACAGCUGCUGGCCAGCACCUCUGAUCAGACCAAACUAGAGAUCCUGCCCGCUCACCAAACCCGCCUGUCCGGAAAACCCCAGGACACUGUGAAAGUCCAGAAAAGUGACCACCCUCACUGUUGGGACCCCUGCGUGAACUACUGCCAUUCUCAACAUCCCGGUCACUGUAAAACAGGAACGUGGACCUCUGGCUCCAGUAACCAAUCCAGCUCUCAGGAUUACUGUAAAUCGGUAGUCUGCACUAACUUCUCUCCGGGCUCCACCACCACCACGUCAGGAAUGACCAGUCAGGGUUCAAACACGCUGCCCCGCGCCGCCCCUCCCAUGAGCCCCAGGAACUCCAUGCUGAAGAGGAGACAGAGGAAAAAAGAGCACAAGAGCUCCUCUGUGUCUUUAGCCUCAAGUUCUGUGGGCCCCGGUGGUCAGAUCGUCCACACAGAGUCCAGUGAGGUCACUCUGAGAGGAGACCCCCUUAAUGGGUUUGGCGUUCAGCUACAAGGUGGGAUUUUCGCAACGGAGACCCUCUCCGCCCCUCCUCUCAUCCGCUUCAUAGAGCCCGACAGCUCAGCCGAAAGGUGUGGGCUUCUGCAGGUCGGUGAUCGAGUUUUAUCCAUCAAUGGAAUUCCUACAGAAGAUGGAACGCUGGAGGAGGCCAAUCAGCUGCUUCGAGAUGCCGCUCUGGCCAAUAAGGUCACACUGGAGAUCGAAUUUGAUGUGGCAGAGUCAGUUGUGCCCAGCAGUGGAACAUUCCAUGUAAAACUGCAGAGAAAGAGAGGAGUAGAGCUAGGCCUCACUAUCAGUGCCAGUAAGAAACCGGGAGAGCCUCUUAUCAUCUCUGACAUUAAAAAAGGCAGCAUGGCCCACAGAACGGGAACUCUGGAGCCAGGAGACAAGCUGUUAGCAAUAGAUAACAUACGUCUGGAGAACUGCUCUAUGGAGGACGCCGUCCAAAUCCUGCAGCAGAGUGAGGAUCUGGUCAAACUCAAGAUACGCAAGGACGAAGACAACUCAGAUGAGCAGGAGUCAACAGGCUCCAUUAUCUACACAGUGGAGCUAAAACGGUACGGCGGCCCGCUGGGCAUUACCAUCUCCGGCACGGAGGAGCCUUUUGACCCCAUCAUCAUCUCAGGCCUGACCAAAAGGGGUCUUGCUGAGAGGACUGGAGCCAUUCAUGUUGGAGAUCGAAUUUUGGCCAUCAACAAUGUGAGCCUGAAGGGUAAACCUCUUAGUGAAGCCAUACAUCUGCUGCAGAUGGCAGGAGAAACCGUCACCCUCAAAAUCAAGAAACAGACCGACACACCCGAUGAUAAGAAGAAAGACAGCGACUUGGAGAAUGAGCUCAGUGAUAAUGAGGACGAGAUGACCGACUCGCAGAAGACCAAUAAACUGUCAGAGAUUUACUCCACCACCAUCCCCAGCGUGGACUCGGCCAUGGAAUCAUGGGAUGGAUCGGGUAUUGACGCUGGUUAUAGCAGCCAAGGUGGCUAUAUCCAUCAUGCCGCUGGCAUUGCGUUACACCCUCAUGAGUGGCGUAGCACCAAACAGAGGAACAGCACCCCCUCUCCCAACCGCCGCAAAAACUACCCCUUUAGUGACGGGGGCUUCAGUGAAGAUGACUGGGACAAAGCUGCCGAAUACGGCGGCCAGCCGCAUGCCGAUGGUCUUCUGUUGGAGCAGGAGGACAGCUUUUGGUGCCAGGCCCUAGAAGACCUAGAAACGUGCGGGCAGUCCGAGCUACUGCGAGAGAUUGAGGCUUCAAUAAUGACUGGUAGUGCUCUGAGUCUGGGCGUGGACGGUGGAAAGUCUCACGCCGAAACUGUCGGUCAGCCACACCUCAGCCCUCUACGUAAGACUCCGCACCUGCACAAUGAGUCUAAAAACAAGAGCACCCUCCGCAUGUCGGAGAAGACCUGGGAAUCACGGAGGAUUAAAGAAGAGAUUCAGGACAUCCUGUCACCCACACCUUUAGAGCUACACAAGGUGACCGUGAUGAAAGACCCGGAGAUCGACGACUUCGGAUUCAGCGUGUCAGACGGUUUCUUGGAAAAGGGUGUUUACGUGAACAUGAUCAGACCUGAUGGACCGGCAGACCGCGCUGGACUCAGACCCUACGACAGGAUCUUACAGGUAAACCACGUCCGGACACGAGAUUUCGACUGCUGCUUGGCCGUGCCUCUCAUCACAGAAGCCGGAGACAAACUCGAGCUGGUGAUCAGCCGAAACCCUUUAGCACAGCCGGGUGUCGUCCAGCCCCAUGACUGCCAUCCCCACUUCAAUCCUGUAGGCCAUUCCCGCGAGCACCAGACCAACACGCUGGACCUGUGACAGCCAUAAAACAAAUCAAUGAUUUCAUUUCUAUUCUAAUGAGCCUAAAUAUCCAGAAUUCAAAAGAUUAUGUGAAGGAAUUGUAAAAAAAGAGCCGCCGUUUUGACGCACAGUGCUGUAAAGGAUCUGAGCCAGUUUUUUCAAAAACAUACAAACAAAAGCAAAACAUAAUAGAGGACUUGGACUAAUACAAUGCAUACUGUACAAGAACUUCGCCUCGUCUUUUUAGAAGACAAAACCAUAUUGUCUAAAUGUUUACAAGGAUAGGGCAUCUUGUUGUUAGAGUAGCAGGGUUGUCAAAUGCGCUGUGACUCAAAAUAUGUCACUCCCAUACUUAAAAUACAUAUUUGGCAGUCACUGUCAUGUAUUAAAUAUAAGUAAUAAGCACUUUCAUUUAAGUUUUUGGUUUUCAUGACUAACUUCAUCUUACCGUAUGAGUAAAAGUAGCCCAGUUCUGUGGGAACCUUGUGGACCUGGCAACCCCCUUUGUUUUGUUAGCUUUUGCUUUAUUAUAUAUCCUCAUUUUUUGUCAUUUUAGUUUAUUUUCACUUUUUUAGCAGCAAAAUGCAUAUUGUGCUCAUAUGUUUACAAAAGAGAAAAAGACUCUCUGCUUUUUCAGUGGAUCCUCAUCACAGGAGGGGUUUUUUGGAAACCGAUUUUUCUGUGUUGUGUUUUUAAAAUUAAGCGUUUUUACAAAAUGAGAACUCGCAUGACAGACUCUGAAUUUAAAGUAAGCUUUCUUUGCAUCCCCCCCAUACACAAACACCGCUACUAUAAACAGAAAAAUGACCACUUUUGUUUGUAUCACAUACACGCAUACACUAUGCUCUCUCUACAAACAAACAAAUGCAGAUUUCUUAGUCACACAUAAACACUUCAGGCCACGAGGGCCACAACAACAAUGCACAAGUUGACCGCCCGCUGCUCUAAAAAGAACGUUUGAUAUCACCGACAAUAACUUCACAGCGUCUCCUGUCAACACCAUGUGAUGCGACACAAUUCCUCUUUCUUAUUUUAUAUAAGCGCAUAAGGGUGUCCCAUGACUCCUUUAAGAACAUUAGAGGUCAUUUGUUGUGAGGACUAUUAGAUAUAUUAGAGACAAAAUGACACCAUAAACAGCAACAGCGUUUUAUUUUGAACACAUAAAUGGUCAUUCACACAUUUUUAAACCACUGUUAUGAUUUUAUAGCAUAAGAUUCCCCAUUAGAAAUAUGAUUUCUUUUUUCAUUUUUGACAGUAUUAUAAGGACCACAAUUAAUCCUAAAAAAUAUAUUUUAACACAAUUCUAAAUUCAACUCUGUUAACCGAUUUAUUUUAAUAGAAACAAUAUGUUUAGCGAUAACAAAAUUUGCAAUCGGUGCAACUAUGUUAUCCAUCCUGGCAAAUAAUUAUUAUUAUUUGUAUUAUUAUUAAUAGAAAUAGUGUUUGUUUUUAUUUUUUAAUAUUACAUUUUUGCCCAUUUCAUUUUUAUGUGCUUUCGAAGAUAACCAAUUCCUACAGUCAGGGUUUCCGAAUCAUUCAUGUCACAAAUAAAAAAACAGCUAACAACCCUCAUAAAAAGUGAAACGAAACUAAAACAGCACAAGCAUCUUGGGCCGGUUUCACCAGGCGAUCUUAACUGCAUUUCGCAAAGAUAUCAUUUUAAGGGACGUUAUUUAGGGUGAAAAAUAAUAGAAUGGAAGGUUUGAAACAAUGAAAAAUAACUUAAAUGAAGGUUUCGUUUUAGCAGCACUGAAUUUUUAGAAUUAAUCAAUGAAUUAUUACCGCAGACAGUUAUACAUUAAACAAAUGGGAAUGGAGCGCCGCUUCAUUGACUGAAUAUCCAACCCUUUUUUCCUUAUUUCGUUAUUGCAUUUGUAUGUACUUCAUUUUUUUCUAGUUUCUUAAGCGAUUUUUCUUGUUUUAACUGUAAUUUUUCAUUUCUUUUAUCUAAUUAUUGUUCCUCUUUAACGAUUUUAAUCAAUGGAGACAGUAAGAAUGUCACUCUCAAUGCGGUAGAUUGUGGCAGUGGGGACGCGCAUCGUCUAAGCUGAGCGUAGCUGCACCUGGACGUAGUUAAGCCCGACAUAAGAUUUACACCCAACUUUUUUACAUCCUGGUGCAACCGGCCCCUUGUGUUUUGUUCUUUGUGGACAGUGUCAUAAGCAUUUUCUCAUGACACUAUCUUUUACAGCCGUGACUUCCCCUAGAAUCUGUGAGAAACAAGAAGUUCUGAUGCUUAUGUUGUUGACACUUUAAAUUCUCACAUCACUGUUUAAAAACUGCAAUUUUGCGGAUUUUUUGCUGUUUUAUUGUAAAGAAAUUUUCACAGAUUUUGUAAAUGCCUGAAAAAUGUUAAAUUACAGAAAUAGAACAGCAAAUUUAGUAGUUGUUUGUAAAAUAAUAAGAAAACGUAAUUUUACUUUACAAAAAAAUAAAAUUCUGGUGCCCACAGCUACCACAAUAUUAAAGAUUUUACUUUUCUUUUUUACAGUGUAUACAAACUUUAAAUACGCACUUCUAUUACCUGCAUCCUCAAACGUCCUCACAUAUAAUUGUGCAACAGUAAACUCUAGGUGUGACAUAUGUCCUGUUGACUUCAUGGAAAGCUUACUGUGGUUAAGUACUGUCGUACCCCAACAUUCUUCCAUCGCAUACUUAUCUUUAAACACCUAACUGCUGCCACAAUGGAGCGUUCACACCAGUCCUCACAAAUCUCCACACCUCAAGGCCACGACGUGUACUUUCACAAUAGCCGAGCUGUCAUUGGUCACUGUUGGCCAAAUAUUACAAAUGUUUCCCCUACGGGCUAUUUUGGACACACCAUCCCUUUAAAAGCCAUCACAUCGUUACCUCGUGUUUGGCACCUGCGGUACCUCCAGCUGUUACAAAUGUCACGUCUCCGCAGACACAAGGCCCUGAUGUCUAUUAACCUCCACUAAACAUUUACAUUAGUGUUUCGCAAAACCUUGACACAAUUAAUAAGGAAAACUGAGGACGUCUAGAUUUUUGGGAUAUUCAGUCCAUGUCCAAAAACCAAUUAAUCUGUAGUUGUUAAAGUAAACUUGUGUGUCUGAUGUUGUGUGUGUAUGUUUUUAAUGUUUUAAUUGUGGUCUUGAUACGCAUGAGAUCGGAUGUGUUUGACGUUUUUUUAAUCAACGGACAUUUAAGCACAGCUGUGACUGGUCGGGAAUAUUUUUUUUAAUACUUAAAAUGUUAACAAGACUUCAAUUCAUUAUGUAAAUGUCCUCAUUUUUUGCAGCAGAUGGACGGUCGUAUUAAAAUCCCUAGUCAUAAUAGAUUAUCCACACAGUACUUAUUUUAUUCUACAUAAGGACAAUGAGAAUUGUAUUUUGAUUCGCGACCAAGCGAUCCACAAGAAGCUCCGCUGAUGAGCUCUCUUUUUGCGUUUUUAGACAUUCCAAAUUUAAGAAACUAUAACUUGGCGCACCGAAUAACUAUUAGUGAUCAGCAAUAGAUUUUAUUUGUCUUCCUUUAUGAAACGUCAUCCACACAAAUGCUACAAUUAUCCGUGGAUAAGUUGAUUUUUUUCCUCACUCUGCUGUCUUUACCUUUGGAAAGCACAAGUCAAAUCUAUUUGCAGUAAAGCAGAAAGCACUCAUUGUUCUAGAUGAUGCUGUUUAAUUCUGAGUCGAACAAUCAGAGCCUCUGUUCAGGCCCAUGGCAUUAGGAGUCUACCCAAUGCUCACUACUAGGCCCAUACAAGUUUUCUUUUAACCUAACACCACUACCUUUCUCUCUGUGUUAUAUAACUCUACCAAAGCUGUCCACGGAACAAAAUAAGGUUGUUAUUUAUUUGAGUCCGCAUUGUACGCACGUUUUGUCUUAAAGUUUCCGCAACUGCAGGCCAAACGCCACUGAAGUCUUGUUUUGGUUCCCCUAUACUUUGUUUCUACUCUCAAAGAGCAGCAAUUGUCUUCUUUUCCUUUUGUUUCAGAGUGAUUUAACCAUGAUAUUGUUCAGUGUUGGUGUUUUAAAAUGUCGCACACACUAUUCCAGGAGGAAAGAUGACAGAGUUUCUUUUACAUGUGCAAUAUUGAGGCCACAGACAGGAUUUUAAAGGAUUUUACAUAGAAGCUCUAUAAAGUUCCAAACGUGUUCAUCCCUAUGCAUUUUGAAUUCCUGAUUAAUGUAUGCAUUGAUAUUAACGUGUAUUUUUGAAUGUGUAAUAUGAAAGUUCAAUUCUCUGUACAGUAUUUUUGUAUGAACUCUAAACCUGCUGUUUCCGCAGCAUAUUUGAAGCACAAUGACGAAGACAGGACUUUUGAAAAUGAACUGAGUAAGUCUAUUCUGGUUUGGCAAGACCGGUUUGGUGUUGAAACCCAUUCCUUAUCAACAGGGGAAUGUGCUGAUGAUACAAUUUUUCUAAAAACAUCGGAAUAAAAGAGGUUAAAACGUGA